GUUCUCUGUAAUGUAGGAGUGAUUCACAACGCUUCGGUUUGAUUGAAUUGGUUUGAAAGAACGAUUCACUCGAUUCGGACACAUGCGGAUGAUUCUUCUUUGAUGUCGCGGUCUUUCAUUCACUCUUGUGAACUCGUUUAAGUAAUAAAUGUGACAUUUUAAUUCAGUUUGCCUCAUCUGAGCCUCAGAACGAGAUGAUGGAGUUUGAAACUGAGCAAGCGAGGACUUUCUGGGAGGAGGUGCAUGUUGAUGCAGUGUUUGAUGAUCUGCUGCAGCGACUUCAUCACUUAAGAUACGUGAUCAGAAACAACACUGCUACUGACAGAGAGUACGUUCAGGCCAUGAAGAUCAUUCUGGAGUCUGAACUCACUUCCCUCAGGAGCGAAGGCAUCCAGGAGGUGCUGAUUGAUGAAGAAAUCCUGACGGUGACCGUCUCCGAGGCUCAGGUUUCUCCGGAGAGCCUGAGGAACGGCGUGGAGACGGAGGACUUUCUGCUGGAGGACAGCACACGACUCUGCAGGGACGGGGAGUUGAGCUCCGAUCACAGCCAGAUGUCUGCAGCGAGUCGAGGCGAGGCUGUGAGCGGCUCGGAGCCGCUGCUGUCUCCUCUGAGCUUCUGUUCUGAAGAGCCCAGGUCUCCUGUGCAGCUCGUCUACCAUCCACACGACUGCAGCACCGCAUGCGUCCCGCUGCCCGCUCACGCCGACCGCUUUCUGGGUCGCAACCCGCUGCGUGUGCCCAUGCUGUGCCAGUUCCAGCGCCACUGCGAGCCACGCGACGAUUCUGACUCGCAAGACACCAGUGUGCUUUAUACAGCGCCUUGUGGACGGAGCCUGUGCUCCCUGGAGGAGGUGCUUCAGUUCCUGCUGCUGUCGGACAGCCUCGGCGUUCUGCAGCCGGACAACUUCAGUUUCGACCCACGGAUCGUUCCAGAGAAUCAGGCGCGAGCUCCGGACUCGUCUGCGCUGCUGUUCGAGCGUGACCUCAGCCGCGGGAUCGAGCCGGUUCCCGUUGCUCUGUUCAACGAGCUGGACGGGACGCGGCCCAGAGAGUUCCGCUACCGUAAAGAGCGCUGGCCGCACGGCUGCUUCCUCAGCGCCGCACCGCUCUUCUCAGUGUGCUGCGACUGCACCGACGGCUGCGCAGAUGCUCAGAGCUGCGCAUGUGUUCAGCAGACGCUCAGAGGCGCAGGAGCGCGGCACGCUUACACACACCAGCGGCUGAGCGCGCCCCUGAGCGCAGGGUUGUUUGAGUGCGGCCCGUGGUGCGGCUGUGCGAGGAGCCGCUGUCAGAACCGCGUGGUGCAGAAGGGUCUGCGUGUGCGGCUGCAGCUGUUUCAUACGCUGGACCACGGAUGGGCCGUACGCUGCAGAGAUGACCUCGACAAGGGAACCUUCGUCUGCAUUUACGCAGGUGUGGUUCUCCGACAGCAGCAGAGCGUGGAGGAGCCGGCGGAUCGAGAGCUGCCCGUGUCCGAUGACGAGGUGCAGGUGGUGGAGGAGUGGACGCUGCCCGCCGGACCGAUGGAGACGGUCAGUGAGCCGCUGGACUGCUCUCCGCCGCUGUACGUGCCCGUGAUCCAGAGACCCGCCGAUCAGAGUCCACUCGCACAGCUCAAGGAUCAGCAGCAGCUCAGCAUCUCGUCGCUGGACUGCAGUGAGAACGGGAACGAGGCGUGUGAGGAGAUCGUGAGGAAGAAGCCCAGACUGACCGAGUCAAACGGACACGGUGCUAAGAUCACCACACACUCGCAGCACAAACACACACACGAGAAGCUGUAUUACCUGGACGCCUCGAAAGAGGGCAACGUGGCUCGGUUCUUCAACCACAGCUGUGAGCCGAACCUCUUCCUCCAGAACGUCUUCACUGACACACACGACCCACAGUUCCCUCUCAUCGCCUUCUUCACGAGCAGGUCUGUUAAAGCAGGAAGUGAACUGACCUGGAGCUGCCCGUCCGCAGCAGGAAGUGAGCGUGAUCAUGUGACGCUCUCGUCUGAUUGAGACGCUACAGUAACGAUGAAGGGUUCGUCUGGUUCGUACUGUAAUGACUCUAAAGCUCAAUUCCAGAGUUCAGUGUUUGGGGAAUUUUUAUUCACAAUUUCUGCCUGAUAAAUAAAAUAUAGAAUGAUGCGCUUUAUACAAAUGGCCAUGGCAUUUCAGCUUUUUUUUUUACUAAUUUUGUAUGACUUUUCCAGGUGUAAAAAUCACUUUUAAAAUGAUCUGUUUGUCCAUGUUUUCUGAGGAGUGUGUAAAUUAAAAUAGGCAAUAUCUGGACGUGAAGUUUUUAAUACUAGUUUGGUCUCAUUUCAAACCUUUCAUCAUUGAGUCCCACUGCUUGAGAAUGAGUGGUUCAUCUGAAGAGCGCACAAGAUCAGAAAGACCACCUGAUAUUUCAUUAUUUCAUGAGUGCGAGUUGUGUUUUGUUGAUUAAGUGCUGAAGUGUCAACACUCUUGAAAAUAACGAUUUUUCACCAUUGAAAGGUUCUGUGGGAAGCAAAAGUGUGUCUGUGGUAUCACAGUGAUACUUUAUUCUUGCUCAAUAAUAACCCUUACUAACCUGUAAAUCAAACCAACACCGAAAACAAAGUUUACUGGAUUAUGAAGUGAUUUCAGAGGCAUGUGAAGAAUAAACGGUCAGAAUGAUGAAUGCUGCGAUUCAAAGUAAAAUCAGGAAAAUGGACAAGUUGUCGGAUUUAAACUUUCACCAGCAGCAUGAGGUCAUCACGCUCCAGUCAGUAUGUUAACGGAAUUAAACAUUUUUAUCCUAAAUAAAAUAUUUUGAAUAAGACUCAGCUAGGAACAUGCUUUACAAUGUUCCAAUAAUAAGUAACAAGAGUAAACCGAUAAGUCCAGUUGAGCAGGUUCUCCAUAUUUGCUUUCAGCCUACUUUUAAGACCCAGAGUAUUCUCGGUACUUUGAAGUAUAUUUGAGAUUACUGAAUUUCAGUGUCUGGUUUUAAGGAUUCAAGAGUUCUUAGAAAGUGCAAACGCAUGCUCUUGAAAGCUUCAGAAGCUUGAGCACCGAGUCUG